AUGCAAGGAGGUAAAAUCUGUUCCAAAAUCGAUCUGAAAGAGGCUUACGCACAAGUUCCCGUAAGCACAGAAUCAAAAAAAUAUCUCACAAUAAGCACGCACAAAGGGUUGUUCGAACCACAUAAAUUACCGUGUGGAAUCGCCUCAGCACCAGGGUUUUUUCAAAAACAAAUGGAACAGAUUUUAUCCGGCAUAUCAAACGUUUAUAUUUUUCUGGAUGAUAUUGUAAUUAAGGGAGUUAAUGACGAAGACAAUUUAAAAACCACAGGGAAAGUAUUUGAUGUACUAAGCGAAUGCGAACUUAAACUGCGAAAAGAGAAAUGUUGUCUGUUGAAAGAAAAAAUCCGUUACUUAGGAGUCGAAAUCGAUGCGGAAGGUAUACAUGUACUAAAGGAUAGGGUAGAAGCAAUCGAUCGGGCCCCACAUCCAAAAAAUAUAAAGAAAUUACAGGCAUUUUUGGGCACUAUUAAUUAUUAUGGAAAAUUCGUUAGAGAUCGGAGUACAAAAUUGCAGCCAUUGCACGCAUGCCUUCAGAAAAACAGAUUUGAGUGGAUAGAAGAUUGUCAAAAAGCGUUUGAACAAGCAAAAAAAGAUUUAAAAUUGGCAGAAGUAUUAAUAAAUUACGAUCCAAAAAAAGAACUUAUCUUGACAUGCGACGCGUCCGAUUAUGGCUUAUUUGCCGUAUUAUCGCAUCCCACACCGGACGGGUACCGACCGAUCGCAUUCGCGUCAAAAACGUUACUAGCGAGCGAAAAAAAGUAUGCACCAAUAGAUAAAAAAGCGAGAGCGAUUAUUUUCGGCGUGCGGAAAUAUUACGAUUACUUAUACGGUCGCGAUUUUAUUUUAAGAACAGACAAUCAGCCGUUAGCUCGCAUAUUAGGAUCAAAAAGAGGAAUUCCAAUUAUGGCAGCACGAAGGCUGCAAAGCUACGUUAUAUUCUUGUCCGCGUUCCGAUUCCGCGUAGAAUACGUACCAUUAACGAAAAACGUGGCCGACGGAUUCUCAAGACUACCAAUGCCCGAGAAGAAAACAAAGGAAAACAAAGCGGAGAUGACAUAUUUAAAAUACGUGGUCGAUCAAAACUUCGUAUGCUUCGAUUACAAACAAAUCGCAAGAGAAACUAGACGAGAUAAAGAAUUAACACAGACAACAAAGUACAUCAUGCUAGGGUGGCCACACCGAAAAAACAUACCAGAUCAUCUACAAAAGUACGAAAUCCGGAAGGACGAACUAACAAUAGAAGAGAAUUGCCUAAUGUGGGGCUACCAUGUUAUUAUACCAAAGAAAUUACAAGAAGAAGUACUCAGCGAACUGCACGCGACGCAUGUAGGAAUAGUCAGAAUAAAAUCAAUCGCAAGAUCAUUCUUCUGGUGGCCGAGAAUUGACCAAGACAUUGAAAGACGUGCACGUAGUUGCAAGGAAUGCGCUGAGACACGAGACGCACCACCAAAAUCACUAGCGAGAGUUUAG